GAAGAAAUAUUAGCGGUGGACUGUGUUGUAGCGUAAUCAGUGUUGAAACUGCUGCUGACUUGUUUUAUUGUCGUUUUGUCAUAGAUUAAAAUUAUGAAUAACGGUGAUUUCACAGCAGGUCGAGUGAAAACGACAGCGAUUCCUGAUAAAGUGGACAUGUCCUUGGAUGACAUCAUUCGCUUGAACAAGAAAGAAAAACAGUUCAAGAGGAGACGAGCCGGUGUGAACCGCCGACCAUUCAAGAAGAAAGUCCGUUUGGGACCAGGAACGGGAGGUGCCCCCAGGACAGCAGCUCAGAGAGGAGGUGGCGUACCCCUAGGAGGAGCAGCUAAAUUAAGAAGCAGAAGGUUUCCUCCUCUGCUGGGUCGACGGCGGGGUCAAGGGGUCAUCACAGGACUGGCAGCCAAGAGACCAGCUGUCCUGCUGAAACGGGCCGCAACGCUCAACAGAAACCAGAAGCCGCGACAGAAAGCUAGGCCCUUCAGUCAGCGCCCCGAGGUUCAGUACAGGAGACCGGAGUUGCAGAGACGUCUGUACCAUCAGCCCGAUCCGCAGAGAGGCCAGAAUGGAACGUCAGCCAGGAGACCCUUUCAGCUGCGCCGGCGACCGCUGCCGCCUGUCCAGCAGAGUCAGAGGGAGGCACGCCAGGCCACGUUCCUGUUCCACAGAGGGCUCAAGAUACAAGCUCAGGUGCAGAAGCCCAGUCCCCACACCUCCCCAGAGAAAACACACCAGUGGCGCACACCAACAACCAGCAGUGGGAUUUUGACUGUCUCCAUCAACAACCCGUCAGCGAGGACCCAGCCUGAGCCUGCGACUGCUUGGACUCUCCACCCGCCGCCCGUCGCCUCCAACCCCAUUAAGGUGGAAAAUGAAGAGAAGAAAAUCCCCAAAGGAGUGCCUCUGCAGUUUGACAUCAACAGUGUUGGCAAACCACAAACGUCCAUGACUUUGAACGAACGGUUUCGUAUCCUGAAGGACCAGCGCACGGCCACGGCGCACAGCAGCAAAGGCACCAGAUUUGUCACUGUGGGUUAG